AUGAAUGCUGUCGGGCUAUGCUACAAUUGCCAUACAUAUUAUGAUGACGCGUUGGACCCGAUGUUUUUUUUCGUGCCCAGUGAUCUGGAUUUCUUUAUCCGGUUCGAACUCAGGGACAGGAUUCGCCGCCAAGGCAAUAUUACAAAGAGAAGGGUGCCGCUGGCACAUGAAUAUGCACGGUAUCAGUAUAGACAGGGGAAAAUCACCGAUGUCGCCCAAGGAGGGCAAUAUACUCGGGUCUAUCUGGACGAUACCCCAUUGGCACAAAACACCCAAGCACCUAAGCAGUGGCAUGGUGCCCCACUCCCAACCAUUCGAAAGGCCAUUGGGGCACUUGGAAGCCCUAGGAUAGGGCGUAUUCCUCAGGACAUGGUCAUGAAGCUGACCAUCCUUCGAGACCUGUAUUACUUGGACGACGAGGAGGAGACUGAAAGAAGAUACCAGUUGCAACGUCCGAGUAAGGACGAAGAUUACCAUUACCGGGACUCUGACGAGGAGGAGGACGACAACAGGGAGGAAGAGGAAGAGGAUGAGGAUGAGGAUGACGACGACGAUGACCAGACAGAACCGGGAACUAAGGGUGGAAAAAGACGUCCCAAGUGGACAAAGCAGGAGGCUCGCUACCCAAAACGGCAAAGACGACGCGAGUCCAGAUUCGAGUGGGACCUCGGUCCCGAUGCGACAACUGAAGACGCGAUUCGCAAGUUUGGACCGGUCCUUUUGGGCCCUGGCAGGAGACUCAGAUAA